AUUUUACCUUUGAUUUUAAAGGGCCUUGGAGAGGAAACAGAAGACCUUGAGUUUUUCCAAGAGGAUUCAGUUAUGGAAAUAGAAACACAAACACAGGAAGGAAAUGAAAGUAACAUUGAUUUUAAUAACUGUGGCAAAACUAACCCUAAUCUAAAAACAAAUGAGAAGGCAGACAGAAAAAAGAAGUUAGAUGCUCUUUAUGACAAACAUUCAGAAGAAAGAUACUGGAUACAUUUGAGAAUGUUCUUGUUACAAAGUGGUGUAACUAAAACAGACAAACUUGAAAAGUUUUUCAACAGAUCUGCAAGCCUCAAAUAUUCUGACACUGAAAAUUACAACAAUGCAAAUAAGGAUGCUCUGGAGGAAGAAUCCUGUUACAAUACUUCAGAAAAUGGUUCAGUAUUGCUUAAGAGCGACAAUAAUCCAAAAACUGCAGAUACCUUUUCAAUGUGCAGCAGUGAAGAAUGUUUUUCUUCAAACAAAAACACAAGUAAGACAUCUAUAAAAUCAGAUGAUGAUUCUUGUGAAUAUGAAGAGCAUAUAGGGAAGAAAUUUAAAAGUGCAGGUGAAGAACAAGAUAAUACAAAUAAAGAAGAAAGUGAAAAUGAGUACUCUCUCCAAACAAAGAUGCUGAAACAAGAAGGAACAGAUGCUGUUGAUAUGGAUGAAGUGAUGCAAGGAAAGGAAAUGAAAUUCAAGAGGAGAAAGAGAAAGAAGCCAAACACAACUGAGUUCAGUAAUACAUCAGGGUUAGCAUGGGCUGUACAGAUUCUUCAGAAGCAUAGUGAUGGCACAAGAAACACAGUUGAAAAUGAAAAACAUAUAGAAAGCCUGAGAGAUUCUGAAACUCAAGUUUAUAUACCAUUGGACAGCUCCAUUGCUAGUUUGAGUGACGAACUUAACAAGAAUACAUGUCCUGAUAUUUCUUCAAGUUUGGAUGGGAUACAUUCUAAAGCAGUCUCUCUAGCGAAUGAAGGAAUUACUAAUACUAAACCUAAUAACUGUAAAGGAAGUCUGGGAAUAGUGGAAAAUAAUAGUGAUAUUCAAACAUUACGAGAUUCAGAACAGAUGGUAACAAGCAGUGAGGGUGACAAAAAUGAGAUGAAAAAGCAGAAAAGUAGAUUGCUGAAGAGGAUCAUUCAUUACUUUUCGAUGCAUGUCAUAAGAAUUUGUAUCCAGUCAUUUUAG